CCUGCGUUUACGUCGGGAUAAUUAACGUGGUGCGAUAACAAAAAUAAUCAACACCCGAAAAAACUGCCGGCACGUCGGAAGCAUAUAACCCGAUUGCCGUGGUUACCAUCUCACCGGAAGCCGUUGCCGUCGGUAAGUCUUGAAACAGAAAGCGCGCGACGUCCGUCCAUGUUGGCCACCCAUGCAGUUUCCCUGCGUUAGCGAGGGAAACCCCUUUUAUUUACGAUGACGUAAUCAUAUCGUUUACUAUCGGACAGCUGUAACACACUGCUCAGUGAGAAUAAUUAUAAUAAUUAUAGGAAGUGUUACGUGACUUUUAAAUUGUUGUAAAAUAUUUUAGAUCAUUUAAACCGCUUUAAAAGUUCAUUUUAUUUUAAUGUAAAGCACUUAAAAUAAAUAUGUAGGUAAGAUGUCACUCAUUGUAAAUCUUACAUUGUAUAUAUUAAAUAGUUAAAUAUGUAUUUGUAUAGUUUCCAGCUUACAGAGGACUUGACUUGUAUUGUGAUGUUUUAUUUUAAUUUAAAAGUUGAUAAUUUCAUCAAAUAACAAAUGAACUACAUAUUUAAUAUAGGGAGCUUAUUUGUAAUUAAUUUGAGAUUGUCAGCAUUCCCAUAUCAUGUGUGUUAUCACGUGAUGCAGUGCUAUCCUGUUCCACAGUUAAUUGUGUAACCUUUUCUUUGUAGCACUUUGAAUGUUUUCAGGCCGUUUGAUCUUGAGGUCCUCGUGUUUCGUCCUCCGUCUGCCUGCUUCGUGUGUUUCUCCGUUCAGGUCGAUGGCCGGUCUCGAUCCGCUCGUCCCGUCCGCUCUGGCCUCGUUCCUCUGCGGGCUGCUGCCCCGUGGCUUCGCCGUGGGGCCUUCGCGGCUCUGCGGGGGCAGGAUGGGGCUGUGGUGGGUGGGCCGCUCGCUGGAGGCCGGGACCCUGCUGGGGAGGGAGGGGGACGCGGAGUGGGCCCCCGAGGGCCGCCCCGAGCCGACGGACCGAGACGGCGAAGCCACGAAGAACCCGGAAUCCGAAACAUAUCCAGAGGAGGCGGAGAGAACGGCGAGGGAAGAAGACGCGUCGCCGCAGAGAGACGUCUGGAUCGAAUUUGCCUGCCGGGUGCGUAGCAGAGCCCAGCAGAACGUGUCAGCGCAGUGCGCCUGUGGAGAGUCGUGCGCAGCCUCGUGCGCGGCCUCGUGUCUGCGUGUGCGUCGGGACAUCCGGCCGGGAACGGAGCUGCUGCUAUACGGAGGCGACGCCGCGGGGGGCGGGGCCACCGGACACACAGAGAUGGAGCUGCAGCACGAACCGGACAUCUCUAUCACUCUGGAGACGGUGGAAAGACAUGAGGAAGAGGAGGAAGAGGAGGAGGAGGAAGAGGAGGAGGCGGAGGAAGAGUGGCCCAGAUGCACAAAGAGGGAUCGUCCAACCGACCGCCGGAGGACCCAGAGGGCCAAGAACCCGCGGCACAGUCACCCGGACGGCGUCCCGGCUGCCGCAGACAGACGGACAGACGGAGAAGCCAGAGACACACAGACGGGUCUCGGGGAUCUCGGGGGUCUCGGUGGCGUCUCCGAGUCGACCCCGGUCCGCUGCAGCUCCCGCCUGGCGGCGAAACCGCGACGCGUUCACCGUCCGACCGGCCGCGGGAAGCGAGCGGCCAACCUGAAGGAGGACGCCGGCGCGUGCCUCACAGAGGAGGCGGCGGCGGCGCUGGAGGCGGAGUCCCCCGUGAAGAUCUCGGGGCCGGCGGCUCUUUCGUGGGAGCCGGAGGUCCGAGAGCGGCGGUACCGAUGCUCCAGCUGUGGGAAGAAGUUCUUCCAGAUGGGUCACCUGAAGAAACACCAGUUCAGCCACUCGGAGGAGAAACCCUUCAGCUGCUCCGAGUGCGGGAAGAACUACACGUCGGCAGAAAGCUUCAGAGCCCAUCAGAUGAGUCACCGCGGCGAGCGCCCGUUCUCCUGCCCGCACUGCGAGAAGUCCUACGGCCUGAAGCGGGACCUGAAGGAGCACCUGGUGCUGCACAGCGGGGAGAAACCCUACGGCUGCGAGCUCUGCGGCAAAGCCUUCGCCCGCCGGCCCUCGCUGCGCAUCCACCGCCUCCUCCACUGCAGCAGGAGGACCUCCGCCCAGCCCCCCAAGGUGCAGUGCACGGUCUGCGCGAAGCUGCUGGCGAACUCCGGCUCGCUGAAGAACCACAUGAUGCUGCAUACUGGAGAGAAACCGCACAUCUGUCAGUACUGUGGGAAGUGCUUCAGUCAGAAAGGGAACCUGGAGUCUCACGUGAGGACGCACGGCGGCGUGAAGCCGUUUCCUUGUGGCGAGUGCGACCAGAGCUUCUCCCAGAAGCCGGACCUGCGCCGCCACAUGUUCUCCCACACGGGCGGAGGCUUCCUCUGCAGCUACUGCGGCAAGUCGCUGAUGGACCCCCACAGCCUGAAGGCCCACGAGAGGCUGCACACCGGGGAGAGACCGCACCGCUGCCCCGUCUGCGGGAAAGGCUACACGUUGGCCACCAAGCUGCGGCGGCACAUCAAGUCGGCCCACCUGAUGGAGAAACCGUACAGCUGUCACUGCGGCUCUUCAUACACCGUGAGACAAAGUCUGCUGAGGCACCAAGCGCAGCACCGGAGCGAGGGUGGAGCCCAGGAGGAGGUGAAGGAGGCGGAGGAAGGACACGGAGAGGAGGAGGCGCAAGAGUCCACCCACACGAAGCCGAUCCGAGGCCGACCCAAGAAGAGCUCGCUCCCUCGGGGGGGCGGAGAGACGGAGGAGGGUCAAGUGAGGCAGAAGAGGGGAAGGGGGGAGGAGAAGGAGGCGAGGGAAGAGACCUUAGGACACGAGGAGGUGAGGGAAGAGGAGGGAGGACACGAGGAGGCUCCUCCGGGUGACAUCCAACACGUCAUCUACGUCCACGCGUCCACGGAGAGCUCGCUGCCCGCCGGCUCGGGGCAGCAGCUGGUGGAGGUGGUUAUAUCCAGGGGCCCGGAGCAGUGCAUUGUGGUCCACGGGCAGCAGACGGUGGGAGAGCUGCUGAUCCUCCAGGAGGAGGCGGGAGGACUCUGCUCCGUGGCGCAGACCGUGGAGAUCAACACGGGGUAGUCGCCGGGCAGAUCGCGUUUCAUCGUGUUCACGACGUCUUCUCAACGCCGGACACACAAACACGACUUUCAGUUCCUACUGACAACUAAUAUAUUUAUGUAUACAUUUUCCUGAUUUUGCCGCUUAAAAACAAAAACAUUUUAAAUAAAAACUUUGCGGGGGAAUUUUAUUGUAAAGAAAAAAAAAUGUUAACGGAGCUCUUCUUCAAGAAAACAAGAAGAGCAGCAAGAAUAAUGGUGGGCUUUUAUUUUGAAGGAUUUACAAGAAAUGUGUUCAUUGCAGUAUUAGCGCAGCUUUGUUAGCGGUUAUUAUUCAACAAAACAAAUCUAACACCGAGGGGAGGAAGAGAGACGGGAAACAUAAUGUUGGGAGGCUUUUAUUUUGAAAAAUGUAUCGGAAAUAAAAUGUGUUUGUCAUUGAA